AUAAGAUCCUUGCACAAGAUCUUGCCUGAGAUCUUGCGUAACAAUUUUUGACAGUUUAAAAUUUUGUUGCAAUUUACAAUUUGUGAUGCUGUUUAAUUUAAUAAAUCCAAGUUAAACAACUGGAUGUUCGACAAAUAGAUGUGGAGAAGUAAUGUAUUUUGCUUACGGAACUAAGAAGAAAUUAAGAAAUGUCGUGAUCGGAUUAUUUUUCUUGUUUGGAGGCAUCGAAUACGGUUGGUAUAAAAUGUUAUUUAUUGACAAGAAAAUACCUUUAAGUUAAAAGACCUUUCAAGUACUUAAUUGUUAUAUUUGUAUAAUUUGGUUUGUGUUCAUAUUAUGUAUUAAUGUGUAAUAUUUAUAGAUUAUACAAGACGUACCCUAAUGCGCAGUACUUUAAUUAUUAUUUUACUCUGUAGGCCGGUGCUCAAUGGGUUACAAUUAUACUAACCCAUCAAUUGAAAUGAUUUCAAUUCAAUCAAUAGAAUGAUUUUAAUAGCUAUACAUGUAAUUGAAAUAGAUUGGUAUUUACCAAUCAAUUCAGUCCAUUUGAGAUCGAUUGUACAUUGAUAUUGAUUUUAUCAAUUCUAUUCAUUGCCAAAGCUGGGAAUACAUACUAUAGAACAUUGACAUGGAAUAUAUAUACACUUAAAUUAAACUUAAGCCCUGUUUACCCUAUGCUCAAUUUUUGGUACGGCACGGAUAAAAUUGGUACCCGUACCAAGAACCAAAAAGUGGUACGGUACCAAAAAUUGAGCAUAGUGUAAACAGGGCUUAGCUAAAUAGGUAGUCCAAGAGCCAAAAAAGUGGUACGGGUACCAAUUUUAUUCGUGCCGUACCAAAAGUUGAGCGUAGUGUAAACGGGUCUUUAGGGACCUAUGAUUUACAAUUUAUUAAACUUCAGUAUAGUACGUACUAGGGUAUGUCACACUGGUUUUCCAAAAGAGAAUAGCUAUGUUGUACUGGCUGAGUCAGUUUUCAAAAAUUGUUGAGACCAACCAUGAAGGUUUAAAAUCGGCAAACGUGGAGCUCAUAGGUGCCGGAUAACAUUGAGAGAGUUCUAAAUUAUUAUUUGUGGUAUUAUUAUACUGAAAAUAAACAAAACGAGAAAGCUGAUAUUGACAAAUAGAGGGAAAAAACACAUUGAAGAUAGUUUUGCAUGCACAUUUAAUAAUUAUUUUGCACUUUGAGUUGAACCUGCAUUACGUUAUUAACUUACUCUGUCUAAUGCCAGAUGAUUUCACUCAUCAAGGGGGAGAGCACUGGCUCUGAAUAGGUUAACCAAACAAUCUAACAAGUAACAUGCCUUGUUAACCGGCCAUUAAGCUGCUAUUGUGCCCUGUGCGCCGAAGCAGCGAAUGCCGGAGUUCUACCAGAGCUUCAGCAGUUUUUGGUCAACUGGAGUAGUUGUGCAUGGCGCUUUCUCCCAGCUCUGGCUGGAAAGUCAGAAUGAGAAGAAAAUUGUUUUGAAAAAAUCAAAUUUCGAAAAAUUAGCGUUGGUUACAAAUAACAUGGCAACAUUGAAUUUUUUGAAAGUAUACAUGUAUUUAAUCUGAACCCUAAACCCCUGCCGAAGCUCCUCAGUGGUGCCGCUUGCACCCCACUAUAAAUUUUCCACCUGUCCUUUAAAAAAAUGAAAAUCUGCCCUUGAAAUACAAUUGCAUGUGCAAUGCUUUGAUAUGCUGGGGGACACUAUUAGGGGGAUCUGGGGGCAUGCUCCCCCAGAAACCUUUGAAAAUCAGGUGUCUCACGACUUAGAUUGCCUAAAAAUUCUUUUAAUUUGCCAUAAUGAUUAUUAAUAAUUACAACAUUCUAUAGUCGAUAUGUUCAUAUACUAUUGCAUUAUUAAGAUCUAGGAUUGAUGUACUUAUAAAAUUUUGAAUUUCUGAGGUUAUACCUGCAGUACAGGUAACAUUCUUUCUAUUGGUUAGAACUUGUCCUUUUCUGGGAAUACCAAAAAUUUUAUGAAACCAAUGGUCCUGUGGUCCGAUCCCUUUUCAUCCCUGUGACUAGUUGACCCACUUACCGGUCUAGCCAAAUCUUGCCACCUAAUUUAUUUUUUUGCUGCGGUUAUUCAUCAAACACCUGAUCCUAUUGUGUAACCACUAUUCCUCUACCUGUACAGUAGAUAAUAAACCUGAACAUUGCCCUUACCCAAACCCAAGCCUACCCUAACUAGCCCUUACAGUAAAGUCUGAUUGAGAGGGUACAAAAACUGAAAUGUGCCUCUCAAUACUAUAGUCUUAUUAAACAAUUGUGGCCUAAAAAUGUUUGGUUCACUUCUGGUUUCCCGAAAGACCCUACUGCAAUUGCCCCAUACCCGGCCACCCCUUCCUAUAGGAGGGUUGGCAACUUUGCUGGGAAUUUACUUCAUACUGUACAAUUGCUCUGUGGUCCCUGCCUAGUAUAAGUGAAAAGCUCCCAUUUCGUUGAUAGUCCAGGGCGCGAAAUAAUGGCUGGAGGGUUGCCGGCCAAGGUGGCCAGCCAAAUCAAUUUUAGCUCAGACAUACCGAAUUUCUGGCUGGUCAACCUAUGGUGACUAUUUCAAUGUUCAAUACAUCAAAAUCAUCCCGUCCCGGCAAACAGACAUCUUGUAAAGAGCCUUUAAGCAUAGACAGAAAAAGUUUGAACAACAGCCGUCCUACCGGCGUUUCAUGAACUUCACGAUCGACUUAUGUAUUCAAGAAAAUAUGUAUUCUUUCCAAAUCAAAUGACAAAUCCGUUUUAAACAUUGCACGACGAACAUAAUUAUUCUAAUUUACCUCUGUCAGUUGCUUUUUUUAUAUCUUAUUGGAUUCUUCUGAGCCCAUGCAAUAUGGCAAAUUAUUUUUUUUCUUGCGGUCCGAAGUCAUAUUUUACGCUUUUCUGCAAUCUGAUUGGCUACGUGAGCGGUCCGUAUGAGCCCGUACGGACCGCGCGAGAUUUAAAGCCGUAGAGCCAAUGUUUUUAUUUUUCAAAAUUUAAAGACGAGUUUAAAGGCUACUUUUUAAAACAUUAAAAUGUCUGCAGACGAUGAAAAACACAGUGAAAACGAAUUUUACUAUCUCACAAAAGAUCUUUCUCUUCCCGAUAGCAUUGAUAGAAACGACGUUUUAUUUGGCAGCUUCAUUCGCGUGCGGGAGGAGUGAUUGGGGAAAUCGAGAGGAGGAAUUAAAAAAAAAUAAAAAUAUUAUUUACCGGUAUGGUCGGUCCGUAUAGAGAAAUAUUUCUCUCGGUCUUAAAAACGUCCCUCGGCCUUCGGCCUCGGGCCGUUUUUAAGACCUCGAGAAAUAUUUCUCUAUACGGACCUCCAAUCCGGUAAAUAACAUAUAUAUAUUAAGUCGAGACUUCAAUAUUGGGCGAGACCGAAGGUCGAGCCUAAUAUUGAAGUCGAGACUUAAUAUUUUGCCAUAUUGGGCGAAGAUGAAUCCAAUAGGAGUUUUAUUAUAUCGAACAAAACAAUUCUAUAACAAAAAUUGUCAAUAAGGCCAAAUAAAAAAAAUACUUGGUUAGCGUCACCGCCCGCCUCUCGAUUUUCUGCCGCCUCUGAAUUUUUUUUUAUUUUUUUUUAUGUAAAUCUCUUCGUUUUACAGCUUAAAACAGUUUAAUAUUUGAAAUUUUUCUCAUGCUCAGACCUUCGCGCUAUAUACUGAUCGAUAGGAGCGCGUAGGCUUGGGUAUACAAGGUUCUUAAAGCAAAAUGGCGGCCUUCGCAACAUCAGUACAAAAAAUAUCACCGAUAUGGUGGAAAAACCGCCCCCCAUCCCCUCCAAAAAUACUAUUAAAGAAUUAAAAAACGAGUAAAAAUUUAAAAAAAAAUCCGCCCGCCCGCCUAACCAAGUAUUUUUUUUUUAUUUGGCCUAAGCGAUAAAGUAAAUACAGCGAGACUAAUACAGCGACAACAUUGCUACAUAGACUACAUAUAUCGGCGGCGAAUUUGCUUAUUAAAUCAUAGGAUUCCCAAUAAAUAUAGUUAUAUCCCAAUAUAUAUAAAUAUAUAUAUGACGUAGGUAAAUCGCGUAUACGAAGCAUAAUUAACAAUUAUUCGCCGAAGGCGAGGUGAUUAUCGGUGAAUAAAAACCGAGACGAAGUCGAGGUUUAUAUUCACGAUAAUCACCGAGCCUGAGGUGAAUAAUUGUUUUAGUAUAAUUUCAUAGGUGAUUAUUUGGAAAAAAAAUAAGAAAAUACACAUUUCUUCGUCAUUUAAUUGACAAAAAGGCUUAGGCCGCCAUUUUGAAAAUCGCUUAGGUGAUUAUCGCGUAAUAAUCACCUCAACGGCAACCAAUCAGCGUGGAGAAUUUUCAAUAAUCACCUAUGUAAUUAUACUAAGUUAUAGUUAUUGAGAAGGAAGCUCAAUAACUAUAACUUAUGCUUCGUAAUAUACGCGAUUUACCUACGUCACUGAAUUCACAGCGCAAGAUUGAAGAGAGUCAAAGCACCGUAAUACCAUGCAAAUUUAUUCAAAAUUAAACAAAUUUAACGCUUUUUAUUUGUUACAACUAUAUUUAUUGGGAUUCCUAUGAUUAAAUAACUAAAAAAAAGUUAAUAAACCUGUUUUUACAAAUAUGUGUGCAUAAAUAAACUCAAUCCAUGUAUGUUUAAAGGAAAUUUGACCUAAUUUUAACGAAAAAAAUAAUAUUACUAACUUCUAGGCUGUUUCAAACAAAUAAAUUUCGCGAAGACAAGUUUUCCCGCGCUUUUAUAAUUUUAAACAAAACUGGUAGAAAAAACUGUAUUAAUGUCCCAAAUUCUUUUCAUUAUUCUGCCAUAUCGUUUGUCGUAUGUUUGAAAUUGACAAAACAUCUGAAAAGGGUUGAAAAACCAUGAAAAAAGCUACAAUUCGCAACUGUCCAAUAGGUUCCUGUCCAAUAUCGUAAAAUAUUGGAUCGGCACGUGAUCCUCUAAACGAUUACUGAUUGGUUAAGUGCACGUGAGUGUAUAAUAAAUAUGAAUGAUGGAUCCAGUACGUGAUCCCCUUGUUCUUUACACUAUAUAUCUAGAUCCGGUUAUUCGGGGCUGCGCCCUCUGCUUGCUGUAUUUAGUGGCUAAAUGUUUCGUUUCCCGUUAUUUAACCCUUAUUAUUUAUUAGGACAGAGGGAAACAUGUUUUGUGCCAUUGUGCAGGGCUGCAAAUACUCGUUACAAUUGUAACGCGUUAAUACUGUGUACUCGUUACAAUUGAAGUAAUUUUAACCUGUAAUUAAUUACGUUUUUAGAAAUGUAACGAAAAACGUAGUUAAUUACAAAAGCAAGGAACAUGUUCCUUAUCCAAGAAGCAAAUUGAAAAUUCCUUUUCUUAUUUUGUUAAAAAUAAGAAAUAAAAAAUACAACGUUACGACAAAAAUUCAGUAAAAUGGCUGAAAUAAUUUUCAACUAUCGAGAUCACAUGACAUGAUAGCCAACAUGAAGUACUAUUUAUUGCGAAAGUGUAAACCACAAUUUGUUCCGAGGCUCAGAGCACCAAAUAUUGGCAAAUAAAGUUUUAAGUUUACAUACUUCGAUUUGCAUGUCAAAUGUUUUAGUAUAUUGAAAUAUCAUCUUGAUAAAUUCUUGUAAAUUUCAUAGUUAAUUAUACCGUUUUUAUUUACAACAACUGUUUAAGAUAUUGUCUUAUAAUAUAUAUUAACAAUUUGCCGGUAAAGGAAUUUGUAAUUAAUUCCUUUUUCCGGAGUAAUUUUUUCAUUGUACUUAAUUACAUUUUAGAACAAGUAAUUGUAAUCAGGAAUUUAUUACGUUUUAAAGCAAGUAAUUGUAAUUGGAAUUAAUUCCUUUUUCAGUGGUAAUUUUGCAGCCCUGCCAUUGUGGAAAGUUUGUACCACUAUGUGUAGCCGUGAAAUCUGACCCUUGAAAUCUUGGGUGGGGAAUUUGAAACUUGGACCAAAUAUUAAUUAAGCAUUGCUGUGUUUGCAGGUGUUAUUAUUCCAACAUUAUGGCUCUUUCUUCAGCACACAUAUCAUGCAAAUGAAUCAUAUUACUCCAUUGUGCUAUCAGCUUUCUGUUUCUCAAGCCUGAUAACUAGUCCUUUCUUUGGAGCAUGGAUAGAUUUCACUCGGAAGACAAAGGUCACUCUUCUCGUUGGGUUGGUUUUUGAAAUUGGAGGUACAAAUUUCAUUGUCAUCGAAUUCACAUAUUAAUUAACAGUGUUGUAACGGGUCACCCCAAGGUCGAGUGGAGUGUCGAGUUGUCAGUUGAGUCAACCGGGGCCGGAGUUCGAGUCACACGUCCUGUCAAGUCGAGUCAUUUCACUGUCUUAGAUCGAUUGGAGCCAUUGACUCGAUUCUAGUGAGCCAACUCUUCGAGCGAUUCGAGCAAUGGCUUCAGCCGAUCCGAGUUGAGUCAAUGAUUGAACUUGAGUUGACUCAGACAAUUCAGAAAGGUGGCCUGCUUCAAUUUAAUUUCGCUUGAUAUUUCAUGGAGUGAUUCAAAUCUCGUCUUUCUAAGCUAAGGACUUUUCGAUUUCGGACCUCACUUUUCUCCCAGAUCAAUUAAAGGCGCGGCGUUACCUACUUAGCGAUGUGAUUUAGUCGGCGUGAAACUUGAUUUUGUUCACGAACUUUUUCAAGUUUGUGCAACUCAAAAGAUGAAUUACUAUACCGUUCAGUUUUUCUUGCUACAACCAUUCUGAUAGAAGAAAAAUCGUCCACAAGUUGUUUGAUUACAGCCCACCAUUUGGAUGAAAAGUCACGAAAUAAACAAUAUUCAAUUUAGAUAAAUUUAUUAAUUAAAAUCAUCCAAAUAUGAUCAUUAAUAUCAAAUUACAUUGUUGUUGGAUGAAUACAAAGGGUGAGUGUGUGCAUAUGGAGUCCACAAUAGGUUUUUCAGGAAGUAGGAAAUGGGAAUCUAAAGGAAGACUGACAUACAUGUAAUAAAUAAACAGUACAGAUAUCCUGAUAGUCCCUAGAAUUCCGCCAUUCCCACAAAAAUAAAAACUGUAAAAACUCAUUCUCUAAAAUAGAAGCUAUAGGUCAUUUGGGCCAACGUUCCUAUCCAAAUACCGACGCACAUAAUUUCAUGUAAUUUUCCUCGAAUUGGCCAUAUAGCCAUCCAUUCCACCAUAAUAUCGUUGUAACCUAUAGGUUGUCUGUUUGUAGGAAAUUUUCUAUAUUUUUCCGCAUCAUCGAAGUAUCUUGUUCUAAUUGCUCGACUACUUUGUGGUAAGUUAAAAUAAGGUGUAUCAUUUGUUUUUGGAGAGCUAACAUGUAGAACACUUAUUUUGACUCAAGAACUUAAAGGGGCAGUGUCACGGUUCUGCUGCGCAUCCAAAAUAUGCGCGAACUUUAAAAACUGUCUGCCAACAAUUAAUCAAGUUAGGAGUGAAAUACGAUAUACUAUUUAUAAUCCCUUCGUUAUGCAGGACAUCCUUGCGUUGUUUUAAAAAUUGAAGGCUGCCGCAUCUUUUCCAAUCAUGUAGCAUUAAUUUUAAACGUUUCUUUGCGCCGUUUAUUUUAGCCAAUCAGCGCCGUGACACUGCCCCUUUAAGUAAAAUAAUUUCCUGCGAAGGUAUUGUAAAAUUACUCAAGUUUAUGGGCAAACUUUUGAGUCACUGUGGGUGCAUUAUUUUACUCAAGUUUUUUAGUCAAAAUACUCAGGAGUUUUUUGCUUUGAGCAAAUAUGAAAAAUUUAUUUAAUAAAUGCGGCAAAGCCAAAAGGAUAGGAUUUAUGUCUGUUCUUUUACGCAAUAUCUCCAUCAAGGCCGGAUUUUGGUGGAAAUAGUGGGGGAGGUGGAAAAAAUUUAGGGGAGGUGCAGCGGUCUAGCUCGCAGCCCCCAUGGAAAGUUAGGGCUUAGAACGGGCCAAAGUCAACGACGUGACGUAUGCAUGUAGUGUACAUAUGUAUCAGUGUAUUAAUGAAUUAUGACUGUACAGUCUUACUUAGUUUCUUUCAAAACAUGCAGUGCAUUAAAAAGACACUUGACACAGAGAUGAAUGGCUGUCACUGUUUCAAUUUUGCAGAGAAAGUGUGGUCCCUAAGCAACCAAAAAUGCCAAAUGUUCGAUCACUUUGAUCUAUCAUUGAAACUUUCCCAAGGGGAGGUGCAUGACUUUUCAGGGGAGGUGCAAAAAUUCUCAGGGGAGGUGCAAAACGAUCUCAGGGGAGGACCCGGAGGUGCACACCUCCCCACACCUCCCCUCAAAAUCCGGCCAUGAUUUUCAUCCUAUAGGCAAUUCGUGUUGAAUAUCACACUGACAUACCGUUUUUAUUUGCCCUAGGGGUAGGUGAUGGCGUUGGUUCAGUUUUAUUUGCACAGAUCGUCAGGACAUCCACAGUUGAAGAGCGUACUGCAGUGCUGUCGAUGGCAAUGGCUGCUAGACAGAUAGGACUUGUCUUAGGCUAGUAUAUAAACGUUUCCUUUCUAUACAGCUUCUAUUUCGUACUAAAUACAACACAACAUAGGUGCAAUUUGUCUGCGCAUUCGCGAGAUUUACGCGGAAAACAAGAUGGCAGCGGUAAAAUACACUAGAUUAAUUAGCCCUUUUAAAGUGUUUCAAGUAAAAUGAAUUAUUCUUUUGGAUAUUGUAUCAAUUAUUUUCAUAAAUCACAAAAUGUUAAAAUACUAGAAUGUCAUUUUUCUUUAAUAUAUUGUAUAGAAAUCAAGGCAUGUUUGAUUUGAGCAGUUUUCCCAAUUUUUACAACGAAGAAAACGCCACAAGACUAUUCAAUACACCAUAACAUAGCUUAUAUAUAAUUUUGGCAAGGUUUGUAUGAGCAGUUUUUUAACAGCAUAGAGUACAAUUUUAAUUUCUACUCUAUGCAGCUGGAAAAUAUUUUUGUGGCGUUUUCUUCGUUGUAAAAAUUGGGAAAACUGCUCAAAUCAAACAUGCCUUGAUUUCUAUACUGUGCUGAUCGAGUGGUUAUAUUACUACCUUGAUUUCUAUAGAAUGUAUUAAAGUAAAAUGACAUUCUAGUAUUUUAACAUUUUGCGAUUUAUGUAAAUAAUUAAAGCAUGAUGUACAAUGAUAUCCAAAAGAAUAAUUCAUUUGACUAUUUUUACUUGAAGACACUUUGAAGACACUAACCCUGUCUAUUUUAGCGCCGCCGUCUUGUUUUCGUAAAUCACGCGCAUGCGCAGACAAAUUGCACAUAUGUUAUACAACACAGGAUGUAUAAAAAAUGGACACCUAAUUUCAAAUAUAAGCUUUAAUUAAAAUAAUAAAACUACAGUUUAUGCAUGUUACACAUAUAGUCAGUGUUGCAAUGAUCGGAUAGUAAUAUUUCGAGGUUUGGUGAAAAUUUGUGCGCGUGUGCAUGUUACCUGUUUCCUCCUCAGUCCGUCAAACAAAAUGGGAUGCUUCCAAUUUCUAUAGGCCUGCCAAGAGCCAAUAAGAUCGGACAAUACCUAAGGACAGUCUAUAAGUCAGGCCAACCUUGACUGAGCGUGCAUAGAUUGUAUAAUUAUACUGAGUCGUGUAUUGAAUAUUAAUGAGGCGAGCAACUAAAUUGUUUCAAGAUUGGUUUUGAAGAGUUUGAUUUAUUGGUAAAAAAUUAAAUAUAAAAAUGACUAAAGGCCUAAAAAGAAUAUUAUGAUUGAAAACACUUUAACUUGAGCCUCAAUUUGUUGCACCUGUAAGUAUAUAGGUCAAAGUAACGCAAAGCAAAAUGCGCACGAAAAUUCUUGACCUUGCCCUUGUUGGGUUAAGCAUCUUGGUGAUACAUUUUUCUUUCUCUAUAUAGGUCCUGCAUUGAAUCUUGCCACGAAGAACUGCAACUUCUAUAUCGGACCAUUCAUAGUUAACAAUUACAGAUCUCCUGGGGUAAAUCAUGUACUAUUAGUUGACAUGCUUUAUAUCUAUGUUUUCUUCCGUCUAGUUACCUUUAUUCUACUGUAGAACAUAUUUGUUGGCUUGUUUGCCAGUGGGAUAACUUUAAAAGUUAAAGUGGAUCUAAUUGCCCAACGCCGAGGACAGUACAAAUCGAUCAAAAUUUUGUUUAAUUUAGAUUAGAAAUUUACAAAGCCGUUUCUUGCAUCUCCAAACUGUCUAGUAUACAUAGAAUUGAAUUGCAACUGCAUGUAUAAUUUAUGCUUGCAUAUCUGAGCGAAUGUACAGUAGUCUCUCAAUGCCUUCUGCUUCUUAUAUAAUAUUCCUUUAAUUUGUAUUUUUAGAUAUUGAUGUGUGUAAUUUGGUCACUGAUGUUCAUACUUGUAAUUAUCUGCUACUAUGACUUGCCAACCGAUAAUGCGCAAGUUGCCAAUACUGCAGCAAUUAAUGAUAGUUACACAAGUAGUGUACAAAAUGGUGAUUCAGUGCCACUGAUGAAGAAACUUCAAAGACAACCUAGCUUUGUAGAUAAAUUGGUUUUAUGGAAAGGUACAUAUUGUACUUAUUUGGGAUACUGACAAAAACCCAACAUGACAAAAUCCCUGGCGACGAAAUACUCACUGACGAAAUCAGAGGUGGGGAAUGUUUUUUCGUUCUGGGAACUUGGGUUUAGGGCUCUGAAAUUUCUGCAAAAGAUUGCAAUAAAUAGGGAAAAAUAACAAAAUUGUCGUUUGUGACUGAAGCAAAAUGUCUUUAAGCAUAGAAAUACUGUACAAGAUAAAUCAUGGUAGUUAGUAGUUACAGGAUUAAAAACAAAUUUCCUAUAACUGCAGGCUACUUGAAUAUUUUAAUGAAACUUUUCUGCUGUAAUUUAGGUAUGGCGAGUUAGUAGAUUACAAUAAUUAGGUGUUUAAUAUAAUCAUUUCAAAAUUACAGUAGGUAUUUAGUAAUUUAGAUAUUGAAAAAGGUGUAAAAGUUCUGCAAAAGUGUGUAUCCAAAAAAUUUCUGUAAACCUAGUUUCCGAUACUUUUUCCACCUACUCUUUCCUUUUUUCGACAAAAAUAUUCGCUGUGAAGAGCUACUUUAGUUUCUAAAUUCAUUGAAAUAUAUGUGAGACGGCAAUCAUCACUGACGAUAAACGAACAACCUUUGUGAAAGUUAGAAUUUCGGCAAUCGAUGGGCUACUCCCCUAUCCUACGGUCUGGGUAGUGAUAGAGUGUAUUAGAAACAAUGCAGCCAUCUCAGAAUGACGCCAGUUACUUAGCACUUUCUGUCUGUACAAAUUUUAUUGUGUUAAAAUCUUUACUCUGAAUAGUGAUAAAUUCGUAAAAUUUAAAGAAUUCGUAAACAGAAAUGGUUGGGAGGUUUGUCUGAAUUCAAUCUUUUGGUAAUUCAGUGAAUUUUUGUUGCCAGGGAUAUCGUCGUACAUGUUUAUUUUUUUCGUUUAGAUUAUUGUCUUGUGGAUUUUUUUCAUAAAUUCCUAGUUGAGUAGGAUUAUGCCUGGUGAUUCUGUCAUUUAUCAAUCCACUGAGCUUCGAAAACUGCCAAUGCACGAACUAUCUAAUCAUGCUGUUAAAUGUAAAAUAUUUCUACACACUUCCAUGCAUGAUUUUUUUAUAUUUUUAGAAUUGCUUAAUGAAGAAGUAAUUGUAAUUCUGAUGACACAGUUCAUUGCAUUCUUCGCUUUAUGUACACUUGAGGUGCGGAUUUUAGGUUUCAGCCACAUUUUAUCAAUUUAAAUGUUUUCCGAUUUUCUGAUCGAAAUAUCACUGGUACAUCGACUAGCUAACAUGGGCCAACAUUACACUUAAUGUCUGCUCCCGAGGAAAAUAGUUAGUUUUGUUUUCCCGAGAGUCUCAAUGUUUCCCGAGAGGAAGUGGAAAGAAACAUUGAGAUUCGUGGGAAAACAAAACUAACGAUUUCCCGAGGGAACAGACAUAAGUGUUUUGUUAUAUAGCGACGAUAAGUGCAUUGCAUACAAACUCUAUAAUGUAAACGAUUUUAAAAUUGAAAGAACUUGCUUAAAAGUUUCAGCGGCAUUUCCUGUUGCCUUUUGUGCAUUUUCUUCUCUUUUAGAUUCUGAAUAGAGCGUUUGCACAUGACGUCACAGCCGCCAUGUUGGUGUUCCAAUUCAAAAGAAUUCUAGUUAGACAUUUUUGUCUGGAACACCAACAUGGCCGCCAUUGUUGAGUUGGUCCCUGGGGAAAUAAACUUGCGAAUUACGCCGCCAUUCUGUUUAUUUAUGUACGUAAACGAUCGGGGCGGGCAACAUUUUUUCACUUGUUGCCUUACGGGAUACAUUGCAUUUAUCUAAAGCCACGUGACCAGAAACCAGCCAAUCACGUUUGGCGCUCAUCCUAUAGCUAUAUAACAAUUAUAAUUAUUGUUUUCAGACCAAACGAUAAAGACCAAACCCCCGAGGGUGUCCCAUUAAUUUGACCGCUGUAUAGCUGUACUAUCUUCUGUGUUUCUCAGGCACUAUUUGCACCAAUGAUGGAGUAUCUUCUCGGAUGGAAAGAAACACGAAAUAGUUAUGUUUAUAGCUUGAUAGGAGUCGAGGUGUGGUUAAAAACAUCCUAAAUAUUAUAUAUAUAUGUACAGCUAAUUCAAAUAUUUGGUGGUUCUCUGAAAACCGCAAAACGUCGACCUCUGAGGGGGAAAAGCAGUGCACAAUGGGCGUGGUUAUUUUUUUUAGAUUGUUUAUAUGCAUGCAUGUUAGCACUGACAUUUAUGCUAUAAUCAAGUGGAUUUAAUUCCCAAAGGAGUUAUAAGUAUGCUCCACAAACAACUUUCUUUAACGUUAAAAGUUUAAAAAUCCAAUGAAUUCUGUUGGGUUUUAUGUUGAAUUGAGGUAGAAGAGCAAAUAAAAUCCGAAGUAGGUGAAAAUCACAGGAAUUCGCAAAUUAUAAAUCGCUUUUUACGGCGUUACCAAAACGGCUUUUGGACGUAGUUACCUGUAGUAAACCUACGGAGUGUCGGACUAUUCCUUAGAGGUCGAGGUUUUUGACUUUGAAAUGACAACCUUAAUUGAAUUAGCUGUAUAGCAUUGCUGUAAUAGAAUCCUCUUUCCUAGUAAAAUAGUAUUGUUUUUUGUAGGCUAUAAUAGUGUAUGGUAUAGUGAGCAAACUUAGUAAACGUAUUGCUGAUAGGUAAGUUUUGUAUCACGUAACUGUACGGUACAUCACAGUGAGUAAUUUAUAAAUGUUUUUCAAGAUAUAUGUAUAAGACUAAAAACUAGGAGUUAUUAUCGCAAGGAAAGUGCUGUCUCAAACUCGGCGCUCUUGAGUCGAUAUAGUUGGUGAUUUUUUCACCACCUGAGGUACAAUUCUCUCACAAGAUAUCGCAACAAAAUAUUUUUCUACUAUUUUUUUACGUGCAUGAUGAUAUCAUUUUUCCAGGUGGUUGAUGGUGAUUGGUCUUGUCCUGGAAUCGGCAGUCAUCAUUCUUUAUUUGAUUCUCUUAGCUCCCGCUGAACCCUGUAAGUAUAAUAAUAAGAGUGGUCUAGUUUAUUCACAUAUUCUUGCCCACCAAGUUGUUUGAAUUACAAAUAAUUAUAAUAUUAACCAUAUAUUAACCAAGUGAAGUGCAAAAAUCAUAUUUCAAGUCUACCUUAUAUAUCACAACCCGCACACCCCAAAAUUUAUAUAUACAUGAACUUGCUGUUACAGCUCGACAAUUGGCUCUGUAGCUCAGUUGGUUGCAGGCGCGUAGGAACCGGGGGGGGGGAGCCAAGGCUCCCCCAAGUUUUCAAAAGUGACCUUUUUUUCGGUGGCAAAGUGCCCUUUGUGUUCGUGAAAAAUGUUGUUCAGAUUGCAUUUUUGCCUUAAUGGCCUUUGAUUAAUGUCAACAUUUUCGGGGAAAUUUUUUUAGGUGCCUUUUAUGAUUGCAUUUAUUUUUCUUCCCUCCCCCAGGGCCGUAGCGAGGGAGGGUUUUGGGGGUGGGGUGGUUAACCCCCAGCUUUUUUAAAAUUAACAUAUUCGGAAAAUCGGGUUGGCCAUUCGGAAAAUUACGGCAAUAUAGUAUAACAAAAUUUUAGUUGUUAAACAGAGAAAAUAUAAUAAAAUUGUAUUGUCAGUAUAUAAACUGAUUUACGAAAUCAUGGCAUUUACGUGCAUUCCAUUUAACUGAAAUCGUAAAUCGGUAAAUGUUUUUCGGUUUAUUACUUCUCAGGGCCGAAGCAACCGCGAGGGGGGAGGGGGGGGGGGCUUGGUGGGAGGGCUGUAGUCCCAAUAAUGUGCUAAUAAUCAUUCUUUUUUCAAAGUCAUGCAGACCUUUAUCAUUUAAAUAGUAUACCUUUACAAUAAUGACAAUUGAUUAAUUUUAAGCGGUUAUACAUUAUCCAAGACGAACUGCAAAUAAUCAUAUUAUCCAUACUUUCCUGCAACUUCCCCAAUAUAUAGUUAAUUAAAUACGCCUUCGCCCAUUUAAUACAACUAAAUUGCAAGCAAAUUUUAAAUUUUGACAUACUAAAACGCUGUUUUCUGGCCAUCAGAAUUCUGUCAAAAUGGCCUAAUAAAAUGGAGUUCAAUAAUCUUUUUAAACUUAUACAUAAUUACGUUUCAUAUUUUUCAACAUUGUUUGAGCUUGAGGCAGCGCUUUUGAAACCAUAGUUUUCGACGAUUAUUUAAGCGAUUUACUGUGUAUCGGCAACUAAUUAUUUUUGUUUUAAAAACAUGAAAACACUUCGUUUAGAUUGAAGAAAAACGAAACCCGACGAAGAAUGAACUAUCAUUUUCUAAUUUCAUAAGAUAUUAGCAAAACAGUGAUGUUCAGAGCAUGCAAAAAUGUUUUAUGAAUAAAUUAUAUUUGGUGCGAAUUUCAACUACUUUGUUUUUACAAGGCUGUACGAUUUCCAUGCACCGUUUUUGUAACUGCACAUUUUCUUUGUCCCUUCAACGAACUUGAUAUUUCAAAAAAUAUCCCCAAACUACAAAUUAGACAGCAAGACAAAACGUUUUGACGAUGAAAUUCAUGAAAAUUUAGUUUCACCUUUGUUUAUACUUUGUAGUUUGCGGUAGUCAAAUUCAACAUGGCGGAUUUAUUAGGGCACGCAUGAAAAAAGUGGAGACAUGAUUCGUGAUCAAGUUAUUUACACAUUCUAUAUCUGUUAUUUCUAUGCGCCUAUAUAGGUUAGACUUGUCAAAAGUCUGGGCAGAUGAGAUGGGCCUGAGGAGGUGGGCUUGUUUCUCCUGGCGCGACCAGUGAAAUACAUCUUUGACAAAUUUCCUUAUACUUUAUUAGUUGAUAUUAAAAUAAUACCUUUGUAUUUAUUGCGGAGAAAUCAACUCUGCCGCUGAAUAUAGAAGGAAAUCGAUAUUCAAUGAAUCUUCUAAGUCGUUAGCGGGCGUGCAUGGUAUAUUAUUAUAGCACAGAAUUAAGGAAAUUUUUUAUUCAUAACUUUUGUUUGCCGGGUUUUUUUUUGGUAAACCACGCGUUUAAUAAUAAAAUAACAGAUCAAUAUGACUAAAGGAUGUUCAACAGAAAAACAAGGCGAAACUAUAACAAAACGCCAAUAAAGUGAAGGAACUUUAUGUCUUCUAAUGUGAAGAAGUCAACAGCUCGGUCAAGAAGCGGAUUUUGUUAUAUAAAUGCGCGUUGUAUAUAAAUUGUAUAUAAAUGUAUAUAAAUGCGCGUAUAUAAAUGUAUAUAAAUGCGCGUUUAGUACACAUAACAUUUAUUAUUAUUACUUUUGCACAGUAUUCACAAAUAAAAACAACGUUUAAAGUCAUUAGAUAUUCCAGCCUGGAUAACUGGGCAAAUUUCAGUCAAGGAAAGUAGUUCGAGAUAAUGGGAGUUAACCAAGGUCGAGUUAACCAAGGUCGAAAUAGGCACGGAAAACGAUUGAGAUAGUAACGACAAAUUCACAUGAAAUGGAUUUAAGUUUGAUAUAGCGGGGAAUUUGAGAUAAACGAGAUGGAUAUACGGUAGCGGGAUUCUCCUAUACACGGAGAAUAAAAGAAAAUCUAUUGUCUCAAUGUAGUCCGUUGUCCACCAUCCUCGACCUGCGCGCUAUGGAGUUUAUAACGAAGUGGGACACCUCAGAAUACGCAGCAUGCUGUAUACUGUAUACAGUACAUGGGAUUAAAGGUAUUGACUUGCACUUGUGUUUUUGUUUUUAGAUGAUUCAACUAUAUUUCCGACAGUGGCUGUUGGCACGUUUGGGAUCGUUCUAGGUCUUCCUUUCCUUGCAGUAGGCGGUGUAUCUUUGUUCUCAAAAAUUACUGAUGAACGAACACAAGGUCAGAACUUAAACUUGUGGUUUAUAAAAAGUGAGCAGAAUCAAGGCAUAGUUUGA